GUAAUAACAAGUUAGCGUUGACAGCAUUUUCCACUACCUUGGCAGAAUAUUUGCUUCUUACGCAGGACGUGCUCUAUCGUCUGCACACGAUGCUGGAGUAGGUUGUUCCUUAAAUUUUCUAUGGAUUGAGGGCAAGAUCAAUCUGUCAUCAUGUCUUCCAAAGCGUGGAUUGACGAGUUGUUGUCAGGUGGAAGGCAUGAUAAGCUGCUACAGUGCAAUGGCUACCGAUUUUGAGGACAGUGGCUUGAACAUCCCCUUCAUCAGGGACAUCAGGCCCAACUAUGAUACCUCUUCAGAGGUUUGCAAGCCUCUGACAUACACGUCGCUUCCAUUACCUCUGGCUGAGCGUGCAGUCCGUCUGUGCGUCCUUCCUUUGCAAGAUUCUCAAGAGGUGGUACAGGCUGCAUCGCAAGUCACUGAAGCCAUCAAGGCCCUGCUGCCUGCUGGCACUCAGGUGUAUGUAAACGCCCCGGAGAAGCUGCACAUCACUGUGUUUCACAUGUCGAGACCAGAUGACCCGCGGCCUUCAUCCAUGAGUGCAGCUGAUGAUGCCAUCACAGCAGUGCCCAUCACUGACAGGAGAGGGCCUACAGAUGAGGAGAUUGCCUCAGAGCUGGCAGCCAUGACAUCCAUAGUCCAGCAGAUGCAGCCAUUAGAGCACUUGGAGGUGAGUAGUAUAGUGCUAGCUGACAGCGGCACGCUCCUGCUGUGCAGCAUUGACCGGAGAGCGGACAUCACAAAGCUACGGCAGUCUCUGAGGGCAGCCUAUCCAGGUGCCCCCAAGAAGCAGACAAGUAUCAUCCAUACAACACUCAUGCGCAUCCUCACUCCAGAGCAGCUGCCUCCAGCGUCCGUUGCAGCUAUUCAAAGGCAGUGUGCCCUUUGGACUGAGAGGCUUCGAGGGACUCGUCUCACCAUUAAAAAAGCAUGGUAUACAGUUGAGAGCGUCUUUUCUAUUAUUGAAGGCGAGACUUCAGAGGUGCUGAUUGGCAGCACUGCUGCUUAGCAAGAGUAUCUUCAAAAGUCCUGGGAGUCCCCAGUAUAAAUUUUCACAGUGUCGUUGAUGGCAUACCAAAGCAACAGGCCCAAUGCCAUUGGGCCUAUGGAUGGCAAAGCUAGAACAAUUCAGGCUCUGUGGUAAGAUUCUAAUGCACCUGUUUUUAGAAUGACAUCGUGUACUUUUGUGAUGCCCUGGCGAAGAACACACUUACAGUUGCCUCAUGUUAUGGAUUACACAUGUCCACGUUGACCAACAAGCCCCGUUCUCAUAUACAAUAUCGAUAGUCCAUCUUUAUUUCCGUUUCUUGCGCUCCCACUCUGAAACAAAAGGGUGAACCUUCCGACUUGGCAAGAAGCUUUUUUAAACUGGAACGACUUGCAAAAGGGUAAGUCUGGUCUAACAAAGGAUCCCUGUGAAUCAGACGCAGUGCAGGUUUUAGGUCCCCACCUGCUGCUGCUCAAAGCAGAGAAAAUCGAGAUGUGACAUCAGCGACUCCUAAGACGCCGAGUCAUUGACUACCUGAAACUUGGCGCAGCAAUAUGCCUGUUGCAAAAAUGCAAGAGGACAUCAGCACAUCGCCAUACUGUGCACAUCAGAUGUGCCUGAUUCUUUGAAGGCAUCCCUUACUGACCUAAGCGGUCGCAGACAGACACAUAGAACGCUGAACCCAAAGGAUGCUGAAUACAUCAGCUGUGUCCAGUAUCCCCUGUGUGCUUGGCAACCAAGGGUGCCCAAAAGUACAAAGUGCAACUGCAACGCUGCUGACAGCUCCUACUUCAUUCCCACAAAAACAAAGAAACAGUGCUGCUCGCUCCAGGGAAGCAACACCGGCUUACGUGAUGGCACACUUGUUCUUGUGUACACUAGCUGCAAUUAUAAAAC